GCGUUCGCCAACCCCGAGGACGCCCUGAGACACGGAGGCCCCCAGUAUUGCCGGAGCGACCCGGACGUGGAGCGUUGCCUCAGAGCCCACCGGAACGACAUGGAGACCAUCUACCCUUUCCUCUUCCUGGGCCUCGUCUACUCCUUCCUUGGGCCUGACCCUCUCAUCGCCCGGAUGCACUUCCUCAUUGUCUUCCUGGGCCGGCUGGUGCACACCGUGGCCUACCUGGGGAAGCUGCCGGCGCCCACCCGCUCCCUGGCCUACACCCUGGCCCAGCUCCCCUGCGCCUCCAUGGCACUGCAGAUCCUCUGGGAGGCAGCCCGCCACCUGUGACAGCCACUGACUUCUCCUUGGCCACCGGACUGUGAGCCGAGAGCCACCACGACUGGACCUGGGGAGUUGGCCUCCCUUCCGGGUUGCACAGGCUCUGAGUCCCAGUGCCUGGCAACCCGCUGAGCACAUCAGACCCAAGGGACCUGUGUGUGUGUGUGUGCGUGUGCGUGCACUCGUGUGCAAAUGUUUCUUUACCUCUUGGAUCCCUGGAUGAAGUGUCUGAUAGACAAUUUGGAAAUGGAGGUGGGAUGACCAGAGUGAUUGCAAAUGCUUCAAUCAAGUAACAGCAUUAAAGCCUCCCAGGUUGGAAGUGUGCGGUGCACUGCCUUCAGGGCUCCCAAACCCGGGGCUGGAGAGGCAGCUCUCAGACCCUCCCUGGAGGCCCUGGCCCAGUGGGUAGAGGUGGCUGUCUGCAGGGUCCCAGCAAGGGCCUGAUCUGGGAGCCACCAUGGGCCCUUUAGAGACAACCCAGGAGCAGGGAGGUCGCUGAGCGGUUUCCUUGCUGAGACGGGGCUAUGCUCCUCUGUGCCCCGUCCUUUGCUACAGGCCCCUUUCUGGAGCCUUCUCUCUGGCUAGGGUGUGAAUUGGGGUGGGGGCGGUCCCAGAAAGAUCAGCCUUGCUUCGGAGACUUUGCUUUCUUCCCGGAGCUGUCAGUCACUGGUUGAGGACAAUGGCUGUGAGUGACCCACCAGUGAAAGGAACUUUCUGGCUCCUUCAGCUCCCGUGAGGUUUAGAAGCAGCAGCAGUCCACUCCUGGGGGAUCCACGUGUGUGUGCACGUGCCUAUGUGUGUGGUCUCUUGUGCUAAGACACACGGAGUUUGAAUCAUUAAACGGAGUCUGACUGGCUCGGCCCAUG